AUGGCUGGAACUUCUGAAAAUGGUAAAAUCACACGACAGAUGCUGAAAACUAGAAGUGGCGAAUUCGAUCUUGAAAGUAUACAUACUAUUAUUGUCAAAAAAGAAGGGAUUGAUGAUUUGGGAUGUAUUGGAGAGUGUACCAGUCUGCAGAUGUUAGAUGCUUCUUACAAUGAGAUUUCAAAUGUCCGUCCAUUAUCAACCCUUAAACAAUUAACACAUCUCAACCUAUCAGCCAAUAUGAUUUCAUCACUAGAUCCUCUCAAGGAAUUGGAGAAUCUUAAGUCUUUGAAUAUUGCUGGUAAUUUAAUUGGCAGCACUGAUGCUUUGAGAUGUCUCCAAGACUUAGAUGACUUGGAAAGCUUGCGUCUUAAUAAUCAGGUGAAGGAUCUGACCAAUCCCAUAUGUCACAGUACAUUGUACAAACAGACCGUUCUUGGAAUAUUGCCGAGACUUAAAACGUUAGAUGGAGAGCGAGUGAUAGGACCAGGCAGUGAACUCUUCAGACUGUGUCAAGAGUUGGAUGUGGUAAUACAGAGUAACUCUCCCAGAGAUGGACCAGUCAAAGAAUACCAGAUACCACGUCCACUAUUGAGUGAUGACUUCUGGAAUGAUAAGUCUACGGAUGAUAGAGCGAUGAUAGAAGCAGAAAAACAGAUACAGGAUGUUCUGGCAGAAUGUAGAAAACUUAGUCUGAAAGCUGAUGAAGCCGCUGACCAAGCAGCCGAGAUGCUACGCCAAAAUACGCAAGAUAGAGAACUGAAUCAAACUGACUGAAUGAUGAUAAUUGUUAUUGUAUAUUUCUAUUGAAGCAAUAUUCAAUUGUCAUUUAUUGUAUUUUAAUCUAUAAAACUUAAUGUCAUGUUCAUCAUUAUUAUGCAUAAUUUUCACACCUUGAAUGUUUCAAAAGUAUGUAGAGUUUCCGUCCAUACUUUCUUGUCCUUGAUAUCAUCUUUGAGUACUUUUGUAUCAUAAGUUUAUGACACAAUCUUUAUAUUGAUACAGCUACAAGUUUUGUUUCCCUGAAUUGACAUGUGAUUUUGAUUGGUUGAAUAUAAGCAUGCUGAUAAUCUGAAUAUGCUAAUUUUCAAAAUAAUUUAUAUUUUCUAUCACAUGUUGCCUCGGCAACAAAAAUGAAACUGUCCAAAUUCAUGCAUACAUGUCAAUAUUACAAUUUAAAACUGUCUCAUACACAAUUUUCAACACAUGCAAUACAGUAAACCCCAAAUACCUGUCUCAGCUCCUUGAUCUUUUUAAACUGGUUUCAUUG